AUGUCUAAGGAUGUUGAACCAGGGUUUUCCGCCGGCGACUACUUCGACCAGCCCCCGGCUCCGUUCUUCGACGCCGAUGAGCUUUUGCGGUGGUCCUUUUACAGGGCUGUCAUCGCUGAGUUCAUUGCCACGCUUUUGUUUUUGUACGUUGGAGUGCUCACUGUGAUUGGAAACCAGAGUCAGUCUUCUGCUGCCGUAUGCAGCGGCGUUGGCGUUCAGGGUAUUGCUUGGGCAUUCGGCGGCACCAUCUUUGUUCUCGUUUACUGCACCGCCGGCAUUUCUGGAGGACAUAUAAAUCCAGCAGUAACAUUUGGGCUGCUUUUGGGUCGAAAGGUUUCAUUGGUCAGAGCUGUACUGUACAUAAUGGCUCAGUGUCUGGGAGCCAUUUGUGGGUGUGGGCUAGUGAAGUCAUUAAAGAAGGCUAAUUUCAAUGCCUUCAGCGGUGGAGCCACCGAGCUCGUCGACGGCUUUAGCCCUGGUGCCGGCCUCGCUGCUGAGAUCAUCGGAACCUUCGUUCUUGUAUACACCGUCUUCUCUGCCACCGAUCCCAAGAGAAAAGCCAGAGAUUCCCAUGUUCCCGUUCUAGCGCCUCUCCCAAUUGGGUUCGCCGUGUUCGUGGUAAAUUUAGCCACCAUUCCGGUCACCGGCGCCGGCAUUAACCCAGCUCGAAGCUUCGGCUCUGCAGUGAUGUUCAACAACCACAAAGCUUGGGAAAACCAUUGGAUAUUUUGGGUUGGACCUUUCAUUGGAGCUGCAAUGGCUGCAACUUACCAUGAAUUUGUUUUGAGAGGAGGAGCAGCUAAGACCUUAAAAUCCUUCAAAACUUCCUCAAUUUAA